AUAUUACAUUGUUUAUUAGCAGAACAAAUAUACUAUAUUUGAAUGAUUCCAAGGAAAUCUGUUCAUUCAUCCUGUUUGGAGGUUUUAACCUUGAGUUCAGCUCAGCUCAGGCCCUGGCUAGACAUUGCCAAUGCUAACACGGUUUUCCCAAUUCCGAACCACACAAGGUGCUGGGUCAGCAAGCCUUGGAUUUACACCAGCUGCGACAGUUUUCUACUCUGCAAAUGCCCAGUGGUCCCAGGAAGCUCUAAAGAGAAACCGCAUGCAAAUUAUCAGCUGUUAUUAAAAAACUGAUGACGAAAAAACUUAUUAUUUGUGGGUGCUCUGAGAGGCCAAGAAGCCUGAACAGAUUGCGUUUUUGAUCCAGAAUGUCCUCCCCACUAAAUGAGGAUAACGAGAGCCCUACGUCACUGGGUGGGUGGGAAGAUGGUGUCAAAUCAGAUCUUUUAAAAGGAAAGCACUAGCAAACCUUAAAGGGCCAGAUCACAUACAUAUGACUACGAAGAUUAUUGUUAGGAAAGUCGGAGACAACUCCAGAAAGUAGGGAAAGUUUGGAGUCGGGCGACCAGGUACCAGGACCUACCCAGGCCCCUGGACCACUCUGCCAUCACGCUUCGUCUCUCGCGCGGCACGCUGGGAACGGCGCUCCGCUAAGGGCUAGGAACGACGCGGGAAAGCAGUGAAUUUCACAGGCAUCUUUCUAUAACUCCGGGUAGUCACUUUCCCCGCCCUGGGGGCCUUCGACCUCCACGCAGCAGAAAUAUUACGCUACAGGUGAAGCCCCGCCUUCUCCCUUCAAGAAGAGGGCGUUGCCUCCCAUCUUCUUCCGACUUAGUAGACUUGAACAAAUGCCUGCUCAGGAAUUUCCAUAGUUAGAUCUCUGGGGUAGAGACCCCAGCCAGACGCCGCCAACACUUUUAUUUAUUUUUCUUUAGAACAUCCAGAUCGGCAGAUCUUCAGAUCCCUGCAAGACAUAGCUUUAGCGCGUUUCUUUCAGGCUGUACUAUCGACAACCUCAUCCCGGCAGGGUCCUAACUGGGUCGCGUCGCUCUCUAGGGCGGUGCCCGGCGCAGCGUUUUCCCCACGGUACCCGGGGCGGCGACUACCACGGGCUCGGGGUGUCGCUCGCUCGCUCCGCGGGGACAUCGGUGUCCGGAUGGACUCACCCGGUCCCGGCGGGAAGUGGCUCCGCAGGCUCCGGCCGGGCAGGCGGCGGCGGCGGCCGCGGCGGCAACAGCAGCAGCAGCGGCGGCGGCGGUCGGACGAAGCGGCGGUGGAGGCGAUCGGUCCCUGAGGCAGAGGAACCCGGCUUCCUGCGGCACCAUGAUGCCCGGGGAGACUCAUUCCAAGGCUGCGGGAACGGCAGCGGAUGCCUCGGGCUGUCAGGGCUGCUCCGCGCUCCAACAGAAUUUAAAUGAAUAUGUUGCUGCACUAAUCACACUAAAACAAAAAAUAAUUGAUACAGAUAAUUUGCUGACAGAAUAUCAGAAGAAAUGUGAUAAGCUGCAAUUCGCAGAAAGAGAAAACUCUGCACUUCGUAAGCAGGUGGAACAAAUGUUGCAAAAAAUUUCCCCUCUGGAGAAAUGCCAGGAAGAAUUGGGAUGUUUGAAAGCAGAGCUUGAAGAAAAAAAGAGUUCUCUCAAGAUAUAUCAGGAUUCUUAUCAUGAAUAUACUCGUGUGAAAGAAGAAUGCCUAAAAAGUGAUGCUCGGAAGAAGAAACUCGAAGCCAAAGUGAAAAAGCUGGAAGAAGCUGCAGUAAAACACACUGAAGACUUAAAGCAAUUGAAAAUUGAAAAGAAAACUCUUGAAAAAGAGCUCAAGAAGACACAGGAAAAACUUGAUGAGUUUCCUAAACAAAAUAGUAAGAAAGUGUUGAAACAUAUGGGGACCCAGAGUUCCAGUAAUGAGCCAGUUGAAACCCUAGACAAGAAAAAAAUAAAACUGCUUUUGAAGGAGCUCUGGUUGUGCAUUGACUCUACAAAAGAAAGGCUACAGAAUGAAGACAAUGAAGAUGUCCAAGAAAAGGCUGCCAAAGAAAAUACACAAUCUAGGAAAUCUGUUGAAGAAUAUGGACUGCUACCUCGAGUGCAGAGCAAUAACUUCAGAUCUCCUGAAAUGAAGACUUGCCUGAGAAGCUUCUCUGUACAGUUAGAGCAGGAACUCCUUGGAGGAUGUAGGUCCAUUGAGGAGGAUGGUCCCAUCACUGUCAAUGUACAAGACUGCAGUAAUGACUCAGCUUUUCAUGAGGACAGAAAUCCUGAGGUUUUCGUGCCAAGCAGUUGGGAUGAAAAUAGUUCUGAUUCCUCUGAUCCGGAAGAUAUGGAAGAUAAACCACUCAUGAAGGAUCUGGAAGCCAUCUUUGACCUCUUCAGACUUCCCCCACCACUUCUGUCCCCAGUGUCCACACCACCUCCAACACCAUUACGAUGUCAGGUGCCAUCAUCAUCUCCACUUGCACCUCAGUUAUCCAAAAUUCAUAUCCAGUCUCAGAACUUGAAACUUACUAGUUGUGUGACUCUGGGAAAGCCACUUAAUUUCUCUGUGCCCUCUCUCCCACCUCCCCCCAAAAAAAGAAAAGAAAAAGUUUUGUUGAUGAGAAUGGGAAAGCAGCAAGUGAAUCUGUUGAACUUGAAUUUAUUUGAUUUAAGGAAGCUGAAACAACUAAUUGUAAGCUGUUUUGUUUUGUUUUGUUUUUCUCCCCAGGAGGACUAUUUUGGAGAUUUUACAGAUUCCAGUGAAGAAGAGUUGGUGGAUAGAGAACAUACUAUGCAAUCUCUAUUAGAAAAUGGCACAUCUGAGUCUCUGAAUACUUCUAACUCUUCUGAAGAGAAAGAAGAAAGUAGUAAACUUAUAGAACAAAUUGAACCAGAUCUUGGAACCCAGGUUCCAGUGAAUCUGGAAAUGAAUGAAGAAACAGCUAUUGGGUGUGAUAUUUUACCAACAGGAUUAAAAUUCAAAAGUAGUAAGCCUAAUUCAAAAGAAAUAGAGAUGCCUUUUUCAUGUGCUAGCCCAUUACUCCAUAAAGAACAUCUUGCGGUGUCAAAUGAAAAUACAAAAGAUGAAAAUAAAUAUGUCUUAGAUGAAAAUGGUAUAUCACAAGAUGACAAGGAAAGAAAUGUCACACCACUGCAAAGUAAAAGAGCAACCUUUAGAAUACCCCAUAUACCCACUGAAACUGAGUGUUUACAUAAGAUAUCUGAUGACCUAAUGCAAGUGACAGAUAAUGUUGAAUUGAAUGAAGAAAUAUGUAAUUCUUUGCUUAGCCAGGAAAAGUUAAUUGUACAAGUUACAUCUGAAGAAAAAAUCUCAUUGCCAGGAUCUGAAUCACACAAAUUUGAAUUUUCUAAACAAAUACCUGUUAAUGGACUCAGCUCUGAAAAUGAAAAAAUGGCCAUGGUUUCUGAACAUUUGCAAGAAAUAACUGGAGAAUUGCCUGGAAAAGACAGAAAAGAAAUGCAAGGAUUUAAUAAACAGAAUCCUUCUGAAUCCAAACAAGAUGUACUCAUGAUGGAUACAAGUGAGCUUGAUGUCAAGACAGAUGUUCUCUCUUCUUCUCCCCAUGUCAUGUCAUCUAAUUGUAGUAAUCCUCAGUUCUCCUUUGAUUUAGGAUAUAAUAAUGAGGUUUCUUGGAAAUUCAAUGGACAGUGUACUUUAAUUGAAGUUGUAAAUACAGACUUUUUAAAUGAGACUGUUCCAAAUCAACUCCAUUGCGCAGAACAAAAAUCCUGUGAAACAAUGCAUAAUAAUAUUUCAGAUACAGUAGAUAAGCAUCCUGAACCUACAGAUUGUCCUAAAGAAGAAUAUAAUGUAGAGAAAAACAUACAUGCUUUGAGCCCUAAUUCAGCAACACCCAUACUUACUGAUCAAAACAGCAGAGAGACAAAAUAUUGUGAUGAAUCAAAAGGUGUGGCUAAUACCCAUGUGAUUGAUCAGGCAACAUUUGAAAAAGACACAGGAGAUAAACAAUGUGAAACUGAAAAAUCAGGAGUUGAGCUUAAUACAACUAAAUCAAAUGAUUUAAUUUCCACAGCAUUUCAGAGUGACUUAGUAAAGAGAGAUCAUCAUUUAGACAUUAGUUCUUCAUGUCAUAAUAUAGAUGCUGGUAUGGUUAUAGAGAGAGAAUAUGAAGGAAGUCCAGAAGCUAAACUCAGCUGUGAACAAGAAGAUAAUAAGCAAUUACAGACAGAAAUUCCUGUUAUAGAAAAUGUUCUGUCAUCACCCAAAUUGGAUUCUCAUAGAAAGGAAGUUAAGCCAAUAACAUUUACUUUUAAUAACCAGGUCUCGAUUAUUUCUGAGCAGUUGAAAUCUGAAGAACUCCAAGUUACCAACUUGGAAGAUCUUGGGUCUCAUGUUAAAGAGAGCACUUUGAGACCUGAUAAUACUUACACUGAAACUGAACAACAUAUGCUAUCUAAAGCAGAAUAUAUUGACAAAGAGAAAUGCCAGUUGCUAAAAGUCAAGCAAAGAGAGACUGUAAACUGUCCCUCAGCAGAAGAUUCUGCUUCCUGGAUAUCAACAGAUUUAAACUGUUUUAGUGAAUCUUUAUUAGUAGAAAAUUCUCAUUAUGACACAAUUAGAAAAUUAUCAAUCAGAUCUGAAGAGAUAUCCCUCCAGAGCCAGAAGAGUAAUGUGUCAGAAGUAGAUAAAAAACAAGAUCUUCAAAAUCAAGGUCACCUUAGCACCAUGAAUACUAAGGGAGAAUUCACUCCAUCCACAAAUAUUUCACUUCCAGAUGAUUUAGCCACAGAAGAAAUUUGCUCAGGAGAUGCUUCCAUAUCAGAUUUAGAAGUCUUAAUUACACCUUUGGACUCUGUGUCUCUUAAAGUUCAGCAAGUUCAGAAAGAGAGAACUCCUGGGAAUACUUGUUUGAAUUCUUACAUGAAAGAAGAAUGUGCUUUUCCUUUAUCCUUAAGUAAAAAAAAUGAAGAUGAGACCCAAGUUAGACUAAAUAUACUUAAUGACAUUGUCCAGUGCUAUAUGGGUAGCCCAGAUGACACAAAACAUAGUUCUGAAGAUGAGAAGUAUGAUCAAAUUAGUUAUGAUAGUAAAAGUAAAAAUGAAACUGAAACUAAUCGUGAAACCAAAGAGCAAAAUUUCAACAAAGAACCACAAAUGCAAAUAGGAAAAACUAAUACUUAUAAAGAUGCUCAUGCAUGUAUGAAAAGAAGAGGCUCUUUAGACAUAGAGUAUUUGACAUCCGCUCUGAAAGAUUUUAAUUUAAGUACUGUUUCUGAGACAAAUGGAUUUUCUACAUCAGAGAUAUUUAAGCUUCUCGAAAAUAACACCCAAAACUGUAUUUCAGGGAACUCUGUUUCAGAAUGUUUUGACAAAGUAUUGACAAAUAAGGAAAUGAAAAACAAACUAAAAAUAGGAAAAGUAUCUGAAGAAAACUUGAGAAAACACUCUUGGGUAAAAACUCAUGAGGUUUCCAAAGAAACAAAUGAUUCAGAAGAAGAAUGGAAUCAUUUAAGCAAGGUUAAGCAUUCAAGUCAGUUUACCUAUUGCUUACUAGGGGAAACCACUAAGACUUACACCAAAGAUGUAUCUGGCAUUGAAAACAUUUGUAAAGAUUCUCUUACUAAAUCUCCUGAUGUUUCCUUUCUGAAAACAUGCAACAAUAUUACAGCUGGAUGUUUGAAAGAAAAAUCUCUUUCCUGUGAAAUAACUACGCCUUCAUCAGAUAUAAAACAAUCAUCACUGAUUCUAGAUUUUGAUGCUGAAAGAAAAUCAUGCACUGAUAGGUUUGUUAAUGAAAACACUCAAAGAAGAGAACAUACAGAACAUUCAGAUGCAGCCAAAGGGAGAAAUGAUAGUAAAGACACCACAGAAAUCGGAAAAGUUGGGAAAAGUACCAUUGAGCAAAAUACUGGAAAUUCAAAAGGAGGUAUGUUGCUCCAUCAUAUAUCUAGGAUAAAUCCAGAAAUUGUAAAUGGGUAUGGAAAACAUGAUAAUUUGAAUUUAAAUAUCAAAGAAUCUGAAGAUUGGAUGAUUACAAAGGAUGGAAAUAUCCAGUCAAGCAUGGACCAAACUGUAGUGCAUGAAGUUCCUGAGGCAGUCUCUAGAGGGCAAGCUAUUCUAUCUGGAGAUAUCUUAGAAGAUGCACUUGAUCCUCUUGCCUCUACUGAAUACACAUCAAAUGCUGAACAAAAUCAGAGUGACUCUCCAUCUAACGAAUGUUAUUAUGAUGACAGUUCUUCAUCCAGACAGAAAGAUGGUUCAAAGAAUGGUCAAAAUUGUAUCUUUGAUAAAGACACAUUGUGGAAUCCAUCUAUGUGUGAUGUAAGUUUUGACUCUCAAGAAAAUAAUCAGACUUCAGAAUCCUCAAGUAUUUCUUUCGAUAGCACACAUGAUACUUUAGAACUUUUAGAACUAAAUCAAGUUGAUUUAGUCAGUCAGAGUAAGCGUGGUUCAAAAAUGCCAAACCAAGAAUCAUCACAUAAACUGACAAAGGCUUUAGCCAAAUCUAAAGUUGAAGUUAAGCAAGGCAAAACUUCUAAAAAGUCUUCAAGGAUAAAAAGCAAAGUAAAAAUUCAACACAGUCAUUUAGCUCAGCCAGUUUUGGCAACUGCUGAUACUUCUACACCAACAAAAUGUUCUCCUGAUACUCUGAGUAAAAUAAGGCAAGAGAUGGGGCCACCUUUGCCUCCUUUGCUUGCACCAUUGCUAGCAACACCCCCAAGGACACUGCAUCCAGUUUCCCCUCUAAUGUCAACCUCUAGUCAGUCUUCUCUAACUUCACCACUUGAUGAUCUGAUUUCCCCAUUGCGUGAUACACCAGUCCCUCCUCUGAUGUCUCCACUCUCUGAUGAUCCACGGUACAAGUCUCCUAUGCAUAGUACUCCAUCUCCUUCAGAUGCAUCUGCUAGUCAAAGAAUCUUAUCAUCUCCUUUGCAAUUUUGUGCUGCCACACCAAAGCAUGCACUUCCUGUGCCUGGAAGGCUUCCUCCAUUGGCAGUUGGCAAUACUUCACUAGGAGGGCCCCAGGAGAACUCUGUAAAAAUCCUUGAUACCAUGUAUCCAGAGCUGUCUGCCAGGGCAAGGACACUUAACAUUCUUAAAGGGAAUAUUCAGCUGAAUAGAUGUCCUCCAGCAGAUUGUAAAAAUUUACCAGGGCCUGUGAAUAAUAUUACAGGAUUCAAAGCUAUCACUUCUGCAUCAACUGCUUUUGUUAAAACAGGAAGCACUUCUAAUACUGAAUGUGAUCAAGGUAAACUAAAGGAUUUUGAUCCUGAGCUUACAAGUUUCCAAAGUCAUGGUGGGAAAAGACCUUUGGUACCAUCAACCAUAUUAAGGAGUGCAAAGAGGUUACGUCUAGACAGUGAGUCACCAAAAUUGGAAAUUAAGGUAGAUGUAUCAGAAAUCAUCAAGACUAGUUCUCCUCAAGCUGAAAAUGUCAUGACCCUUGAGGAUGAGAAUUCUUCUGUUCAGGAACUGACAGACAACACUGUUGCAGAAUUAUCUUCAGCUUUACAUGAACAUAAAGAAUCACAUGAUAGUAUCAUGAGUAAUGUCCUGAAAAAGAUUGCUGAAUCAUCUUUUGAUUUAUUACCUGUCAUCCGAAGUCAUGUGCACGUAGGAAAUGUUUCGAAAAAGCCAGUGAUGAGAGAUCAAGAAAAAGAAGUUGUUUGUGAAUUUAGUACCACAAAGAAGCACUUAGCACAGCCUUUGCUUCAUGCUAUUCUCUCUGAAUUGAAAAUUCACAAGACUUCCUUGGAUUACACUUACAUUCAUGCUCUCUGCAGAGUGUAUGUUGGAAUAUGUCGGCAACUGGGAGACUUGGAAAGAGCCCGACUAUUUUGCUAUGACUUACUUAAGGAAGAUUUUCCAGAAUCUGAUAAAUUAACUUUGUUUAUUGCAAACAUAUGGCAUGAUAUAUUUGCCUUCCAAGGAGUGAUUAAUAAAGCAAUGCAGCUGGUUGUCCGACAACGUGCUAAAGGAGAAGUUCUGAACUGUUUGAUUACAUAUCUCAAUUGGGAAAAGACUUCCUCCUUAGAUGUUAGUAUGAUGAUCUCCAAGUUGCUUCUGACAAUACAAUUAUGUCCUAAAAUGCAGUUUCACUUAAGUGAGAAAUUUGGUGAAGAUCUAAAUGAUGACACGUGGGAAUAUAUAUUUGCCCUUGAUCUACUCUGCUGUCAUCAGAAAUGGGUUUGGACACAUGAUAAUAUCAUAAGUAAAGAGCUAUGGCCUGUCAUGGAUAAGUGGAUAAAGCAUAGAAAAGGACAUUUGAACAUCGCAUACACUCCAGAUAUUAUUGUGGCAUUGAUACUCAGGCUAAUUGGUCGUUUAGGCCAACUAGGUUUGAAGGAAGGAUUUGCUUCUGCUGUGAAAAAUAUCAGUUCUGUGAUUUGUAUGUUUAUACAGCAUUCAAAUGAAGAAGAUGUGCCCUGGAGUAUUCAGUUAGCAGCUGUAUAUGCUCUUUGUGACUUGAGUCCCAGCAAUCCCGCAGAAGUGUCCAAGGUACUAGAAAAUUGGACAAGAGUGACCACAAAGAACAUCCCAUCUGCUGUUGUGAGCUGCUUAGCUGAAGUCAAUUUGUUGUGUGCAGCAGAACUCAGCUAAACCAUUGAGAAGAAAGACACUGCAUCUGUCCAAGUGCCUUUUUGUCUUUAUCAGAAGAGUUGGUUGAUACAAUUCAGAAAUGAUCAAAGCAAUAUCAGCAACAAAAACAGGCAAAAGACAGAGACAUUCCUUAUUGCUAUAGACAAAAAAGAAAAAGUUGAAAUGACUUUAUUCAGAAGGCAUGUCCUUCCUAAAAUUAUCGUAUUAUUGAAUAUACAUUUCAUAGAAGCUUGUCAUGUUUUAAAUGAUGAUGGGUUGAAGUAUUGUAUUAUGAUCAGAUAACAAAAACUUGAACUUUGCCCUUUUUGCUGCAGAAAGUAUCUUUUUUAGUGUUGGCUUUUAAAAAAAAAAUAUAUAUAUAUAUAUAUGUGACAUUUUAAAUUUAAUCAAACAAUGAAAAUGCUAUUGGUUCUUGAACCAAAACAGUUUCUGGACUAUGCACUCAAGAUAGAGAAUUAUAUAGCUAAGAAAGACUUGGAUAGCAAAGUCUUCUGUUACUGAGCCUACAGAUGGGCUACAAAACUGUAUUUUUUUGUUUGUGGUGGGCUUCUGGAGAGAAUAAAAGACAAAGCUCUUGCCAGAAAUUCAUUUUAACUUAUUUUCUCCUCAUUUGUAAACUUCGGCAAAACUGUUCCGUUUCAUCCUAUUGUAGCAGGAAAGGGCAUCUGAGAAGUCAAAACUAAAUUUCAAAUGCAGUUUUAUGUAUUAAGUUACAUGUAUAUAAAAGAGUCAGAGAUAACCAGUAGAUCUCUGUGUAUGUUUUGUAUGUACAGUAUAAUGCUAUAAUGUGUUUCACAUUUGAUGAUGUUCCCACUUUGGGAAUUUUAGUGUUUGUAUAUAGAAAAGGGGUUUAAUAACUCACCAUGGUUCUGAUUUGUCUUGUAUUCAUUUCUUAAAAUGCCUGUACAUGUUCAUGUUCUUUGUUGUUUUUUAUAAUAAAAACAAAAUGAACCAUGCAAA